AGGUUUAUUUAUCCAAACGGAGAAAGUAUCAUCCCAAAAUGAAGAAGAUAGGACAACGAUGACUACAAUUCCAUCACUCUCCUUUGCUUCACCUUUGUUACAGAGGAUAGAGGUGAGGGUUGGAAUUUCUCAUGGAUUUAACUCUCCUCCCCGGCUACAGGUGGCCGCCAGAAAGCAGGGAAAUGGUGAAGGUGUCGGGCGGCGAGUGUGGCGACGAAGAAAAUUGACGAAGAAGGAUGAGAUGUCGAUCUUCAAAAUGAAUCGAAUUCCAUUCCUUGAAGAACAGGUAAGGAAGGUAAAGGAACAGGGGAAGCUCAUAACAAUGGACAUCGAAAGACUUCUAUUAUCAGAGGACAACCGCUUCGAUUUUGUGAAUGAGGUUGCAGCGGAGGCUAAGGAAUACGUGGAGAACAAUCGUGACGAAUAUGGGGGUUCCAAGAAAGCCAUUCUUCAUGUUCUUAGCAACCGAGUGAACGAUGCAGGGUUCUAUCGGCCGGAUGCAUAUGCAGAAGAGGACCCAUUUAAACCCGGACCUCAUUACCUCAAACAAGAAUUUACUUGAACAACCUUAUUACAAAACCCAUUUUCCUAUACAAACUUAGUCUAUGUAUUAAUUUUCUUUUCCCAGUUGUUGUAUGUUACAAUCUGUUACAAGACAAUAAGAAUCGAACUUAGCCUCAAAUUCCAUUCGUUUGCUUACUAA